GCACAGUCAAAAAAAAAGGCUCCGAGUGAACGGACGUGCGCGCGCGCAAACUGAAAGUGUAAGCACAAACAGAGCGAAGCAAAGCAAGGCAAAAGCAAAAGCAGAAGCUGAAAUCGAAAAUCGAGAGAGAGGCAAGAGAUCGGAUUCUCCGUACCGCUCCCACUCGCAGUCGCGCUCGCGCCAGAAAAAGUUUUACCAAUCAAGUUUUUUAUUUCGCAAUAAAACAAAAAGAAAAAACAAAACUUCAACCUAGUUAAAGUUAAUGUUGACGUUGUAGUUGUAGUUGUGCCGUUGUAGUGAACUUUAGUGAGUGUGUGUGUGCUUGUGCGAGCGUUACCAGUGUGUUGGUGGAUAUUUCUUGCGUUGCGUCGCAUAAAAAGCAGAAGAGGCAGCAGGAAAAGCCAAAGAGAAAUUUUAAAAUCUGCUCCUGUGAAAAUAUAAACAAACCAUGGUCAAUGAAAUCGAAAGUUUCCACUAAGCAAGCAGCCAGCAGUAAAUGGCCGAUCGCAGGGAUUAGGCGAUCAGAACAGAAAGUGCGCAAGUGAAUAGCAGUGACUAUAUUCAUCCUGGGAUUAACCAACUGCUGAACAUCCAACUUAAUGAAAGAGUUUCAAAGAAUGUUGAUGUUGCAAUACAGCAAGCAUGGCGAGUGCAUACUCAAAGAAAUCGGAGCAGCCUUCAGAGGGGAGCACCCGGCGGACCUGACCAUCGUCUGCGAGAACAAAGUAAAGCUGCACGCCCACAAGUUGGUCCUGGCGGCCGCCAGUCCGUUGAUAAGGAACCUGCUGGAGGACACCCACUUGAGCGACUGCUCCACCACCGUAUACUUUCCGGACGUGAAUGCCACCUACUUUAAGUUCCUGCUGGACUUCCUGUACUCGGGGCAGACGUGCAUUACCUCACGGGAUGUGAACUAUCUGCACGACCUGCUGCUGCUGCUGCAGAUCAAGUCGGACAGCUGGAAGACCACCGACUCCGCCUAUCUGAGCAGCAAGUGCGGCGGCCUGCGGGAUCGGGCCGACAGGCGGAAGCAGCAGUACACCAGCCCACAGAAUUUGGAGCCGGAUCAGACGCUCAAGUACGAGGUGGACAGCGUGGAUGAGUCGCGCAACGCCGCGGAUUUCUCGUCCGCCUUCAACUCCAACGACAAUUGCGAGAGUGCGGCCGAGUGCGAGCGGAGUGGUGGCCACAACAACAAGGAGGAGGACGAGGACGACUGCACCCACAAGGACAACAAGAGCGACAAGGACACGGACGAAAUUGUAAAUCUCUCGAAUGCACCGCCCAGCGGCACCAGCGGCAGUAACAGCAACAUCAGCACCAGCAGCAACCACCAGCAGCAACAGCACCACCACCAUCACCACCACAACCACAACAACAACAAUAAUAAUAACAACAACAACAGCAGCAGCUCAACCAUAAAUCCCGUCAACCUUUCACUCGACCUUCGGACGAAAAGCGAGAACUCGGCGAGCAGAACCCUGGGAUCCGGAUCAGACCACAGCGGCAUCGACCUGGCAGUGACAGCGAGCGAAAGCACGAAACGGAAGGGCCUGUUCUUCGACUCGCACAAGGAUGUGAUGAAGCCGCUGUCCGAUGGGUCGGACAUCAACAGCUCGCCGGAGAACUACGUGGUAACGCCGCAUCGGAAGCGGCGACCCGGAUUCCACAACACGCAGAGCGACAACCAGCCGUUCACUUCGUACCCACACAGCCUACUGGAGGAACUGCGCUUGGCCAAGUCGACGACGUCGCCCAUUUCGGGCUUUGGAUCGGAGAAGAACAUGCUGGCGCACCUGGAGGACGGAGCACUCAAUGGGGACACACUGACGCCGGACAGGAAGCAUCUGCUGGAGGCGCAGCGCAAUCGAGCCCAGAGUCCCGAGAUACCGAUGCACUUGGGCCCCCAGUUCGUGUACCAGUGGCAGUCCAACCAGAACGCAGCCAUGUCCGCAAUGCCCAAUCUCCAGUCGCGACUCUCUAGUCUGUCGCACAUCAGCCUAAACCUGGAUCAUCCGGAGGGACGCAGUGGGUCGGCCUCCGGUUCGGGUGCGAACUUGGCCGGCAGCAACACGCACGCCUCCUCGGUCCGGGAGUAUCGAUGCGAGUACUGUGGCAAACAGUUCGGCAUGUCCUGGAACCUCAAGACCCAUCUGCGCGUUCACACCGGCGAAAAGCCGUUCGCCUGCCGCCUUUGCGUGGCCAUGUUCAAGCAGAAGGCCCACCUGCUGAAGCAUCUGUGCUCGGUUCACCGGAACGUCAUCACCACCACCAACGGGGCGGAUACGGAGAACCGGUACAGCUGCUGCUUCUGCUCCAUGUGCUUCGAGUCGGUACAGGAGCUCGUCCGUCACCUGUCCGGCCACCACAAUAACCUGCUGCUGACAAAGAAUCUGCGCGAAUAGUGUCCCGGGCAUCGGCAACCGCAUAAUCCGAGAGUAUCCCAUCUGUCCGAUCCGAUCCAAGUCGAUCCGAGGUGAUUCGCCGGACGGACAAUUGCAAAGAGACCUGAAUUUUAAAUAGUAGCAGUAGCAGAUUUAAUUGCCUAUUGUAUAAAUAUGUAAAAUCUAAAUUUAAAUCCUAAGUUUACGCAACGCAACACAUUCACGCGACUCCGCUCGUUCAUAUUUCACGCAACGGCCUGGAGCUCCACAUCUGAAUCCGCAUGAUCCUCGAUCCACGAUCCCCGAUCGGAGGCCACUCACGUUGAUUUCUCAUUUAAGUUGUAUUCGACAUCCAAUCCCUAUUCCAAUUCCCCGCAAAUGCACCACUACCUACUUACACCCCCCUUGCUCUAGAAGCCCAAUCCAAUACUUUUUAAGCGGCUGGUCCAUUCAGUGGAGCACUUAUUUGUAAGCAUAUGUCUAUACGAGAGGUAUUUUAAUUGCUAUUGUAUUUCCAACUCGUCUAGCAUGAACUUCAUGGCCCAAACUUGUACCUAUAUCUACAUUUUUGAUAGUUUUGAUACACUUUUUGUGUUAAGAUUUUACGUAUUCCCUCCUAAAAUCGCCAAUUAAAGUGUGUAAAUUGUACAGUAUAAUUCGCAAGCUCGUAAUAAAAUCAGAAAAGC